AUGGAGAUUAAGGAGCACCCAUGGUCCAGAACAUUCAGUACGGGGCAUGCACCAAGGGGAGGCAUAGCGCACAGGGAUGAAGCAGCAGGGGGGGGGGCAGGGCUCCCCACUGGGCCUACUUCCCCCAAGCCCAGUGCUUCAGGGCCUCUGUCCCGCCCCAGCCACCUCCGGCCAGUGCCUCAGCCCCAGUCUCCCCUGUUCCCAGGGCACCCUUUCUGGACAGGACCAGCCCCUGUGCCUGGAGGCACCCGGCAGUCUCCUGUCAACAUCCAGUCGAGAGACGCGUUGUACGACCCACAGCUGGAGCCGCUCAGCAUCUCCUACCACCCUGCAUCCUGCCGCUAUGUCUGGAACACCGGCUACUUCUUCCAGGUGGAGUUCGACGAUGCUGCCGCCGCCGCAGGAAGGUCAGGCAUCAGCGGGGGACCCUUGGAAAACCACUACAGACUCAAGCAGUUCCACUUCCACUGGGGAGCCGGGAACGAGCGCGGCUCGGAGCACGCGGUGGACGACCACGUGUUCCCGGCAGAGCUGCAUUUAGUUCACUGGAACUGUGUGAAAUAUGCACAUUACAAGGAGGCUGUGGCGGGGGAGAAUGGCCUGGCUGUGAUCGGUGUGUUUUUAAAGCUCGGGGCCCGGCAUCAGGCCCUGCAGAAAUUGGUGGACAUCUUGCCAGAGAUAAAACAUAAGGAUACCUGGUCAGCCAUGGGCCCCUUUGACCCCACGUGCCUGCUGCCCGACUGCCAGGACUACUGGACCUACGCCGGCUCCCUGACCACGCCACCGCUGGCUGAGUCUGUCACCUGGAUCAUUCAGAAGCAGCCCGUCGAAGUGGCCCCCAGCCAGCUGUCAGCAUUCCGAAAGCUCCUGUUCUCUGCCCAAGGCGAGGAAGAGGAGAUGAUGGCCAACAACUACCGCCCACUGCAGCCCCUGCUGGACCGGAAGGUCCGUGCGUCCUUCCGGACCCUUGAAGGUGCUGAGGCCGCCAGCUCCGCCCAGGCUGGGAGAACUGACUGA